AUGCCUUUAAAUUUAUCACUUAAAGAGGAACUUGAUUUACGACUACAUGAAAAAAUCUGUGAUGAAUUACAUGUCUUAAAUUUACAACAAGUUGUUGAUUCGCCAACACAUUCUUUUCAAAUAAUAAAUGAUCUACAAAUGCAUUAUAAAGAAGUUUUUGCUAAAGAUCGUACUGAUUUAUCUCUUAUAUUGACUCUUGGAAAAGCUAAUCAAUUAGGACCACCUGCAUUGGAUGCACUCAAAAAAGGUUUACAAGAUCAUCUUCGAAUGCUCAAACAAACAGAAACUAAUACUAAACAACCAAAUGCUUCGAAAUUAAUUUGGGACAACACACAUGAUGAACUACAAAUUUUAGAUGCUUCAGAUAUUUCAAUCAGAUAUCAAAAAUUAGUAUCAUUGCAACAAAGCUGUGAUAUUCUAAAAAUGUAUUCUUUGGAUAAAUCUCAACUCGAAACUUUUGAAAAAAUCAGAGAGGAGUUUCUUGCUUGGUAUUCGCCAGCAACAAUUCUUGCACUGGAUUCAAAUGAUAUAAAACAACUAGAAAAUAUACGUGAAAAAUAUUCCUCGCUUGAUCGAAUUCAAGUUUUUGAAUCGAAUCUUGGUGGUUAUCCAAAGAGUAAACUUAAAUCGUUUUUUGAAUCAAAAAAGGAAGAGCUUUCUCUUUGGAAUAUUUUGGAUGAAAUAUUUACGAUUUGGAAACGUUGUCACAAGACGAUAGAUUUAUUUAUUGCAGAAAAUGGUUCUGAAUUUGUCUGUAAAAAUCUUAAAGAAGCAAUAGAAUCAAAUUGGCAAACAAUUUUGUCUGUUAUCACUACCAUUAUUUCUAAUGCUGAAAGUCCAUUCAUUGCUGCUAAAUCAAUUGGAAAGAUUCUCUAUGACUAUACUGCAAUGAUCGAGGAAGAAGGGGAUUCCUUUAUUCUAUUUCUUUUUUCUGAAUUGGCCAAAUCAAUUUAUGUUAUCAUAAGCGAAGACUAUGGGAAGCAUGUUACUUCAAUUCUUUUAUGUACAAUAAAUAAAAUCACGCCAGAUAAGAGCUCUCGACAUCACCACAAUUGGCUCAUGCCUUAUUUGGAAGAUAUUCAGUCAUGUAUGUAUGAUAUUGUUAACGAGGCAAGAAGCACAUUUGGCACAAAUUUUUCUAAACAUAUUAUUCCGUCUUUUGAGUUAGCUAUACGUGAAAUAAAUUCUUUUCUUCAAAAUCAGGACAUUUUAAAUAUAAAAACAAAUUCUGUAGAUAUACGAAAAAGGAAAAGUGUACAAGAAAAUACUGAAGAUAAACUUUCUGCCAUUUGUUCUGCAGGAUAUCUCCUUAAUAUGGUUAAAGAUGUCAACGAUUAUAUUAUUCAAGUAACUUCAGAAAGUUUGGGUUCAACAGAAAAUCUAAUGCUUAUAACAAAAUAUUCAAUUCUUGACACGUUAACAGUGAAGGUUGUUGAACGUAAAAUAGAAUCAAUAGCAAACACAAUAAUUUACCCUAUGGAAGAUGAAAUGCAAAAAAUGCAUGCUGAAGAAUUAGUAGAUGGUUCAGGCAAUUCGAAAGAUGAUUUAAGCACUUCUUUGCCCAGUUUUAGCGUGUCACCUCAAAAUUAUGUUACUGGAAUUGGACAUGGACUUCUCUCGCAGAUGAAUACUAUAAGUGCUUAUGGAAAUGAUAGAAAUUUUAUUACUGCAAUUAGUUGUGCAGCAUCCAAUGGAAAAACGUCAUUUAAUGUGGAUGAACCGGAUUUUUGGCUUUUGACAGAGGUGGCAACUCUUGUCCAAAAUUCAUUCUGUUCAAAUAUUGCCAACUUUAAGAAAACUUCCUUAAAAUUGAAACGUCAAUUAAAUGCAGACAUUGUUUUUCUUAUGGAUGCCUUGGCAGACCUUCGGCUUUGUCCAACUCCUCAGCUUGCUAAAUUGGCUGAUAAUGCUAAGGAAAAUUAA